UAGGUGGCGGUGUGGUGCAUCGGAGUACUGAGACCUUUUUCUCCAGAGCCACAUCACAUCCGUGAUCCAAAACAGCAACAAAGAGGAGGAAGCUGUCUUGUUAAACUUUUUCACAGGAAGUCUUCAGAUGUCCUCCGGUGCACCAAAGGGAGAGAACUGCCUUGUGGACAUGGACAGCAAGGCCGGAGAUCUGUUUAGUGCCGAGGACGCUCAUCCCACUGGCACGGGGGGCACAGGAAUGCUGGCAAAGCUGUGGCUUCCCAAAGGCCUGUCGGCCAGCGUGGCUAAAGAGUGGUUCGACCGGCGCAGAGUGUCCAUCCGGCCGUGGGCCAGUUUCGUGGACCAGCGCAAGUUCUCCAAACCCCGAAACUUCGGAGAGCUGUGUCAGCGGGUGGUGAAGAACGUGGAAAUUUACAACAGCAACUACACCUUCAUCUUUCUGGGUCUCAUUCUCUACUGCAUAAUCAGCUCGCCCAUGCUGCUGAUUGCCUUGGCUGUGUUUGCCGGUGCCUUCUACAUAAUCCACCUCAAGUCUCUGGAGUCUAAACUGGUGGUUCUUGGCAGGGAGUUAAACGUCCCCCAUCAGAUGAGUUUGGCCGGAGCCAUCUCUCUGCCUGUGUUCUGGUUGGCCGGAGCCGGCGCUGCUGUGUUUUGGGUUCUUGGAGCCACGCUCUUUGUGAUUGGUUCCCAUGCCGCGUUUCGGCAGCUGGAGGGGUCCGACUUCGACGAGCUCCUCAUGGAGUCCGUGUGACGAGCCGGCUGAACUUCAAGCAGGCACUGAUUGACCGUCGGCCAUCUUUCUGACCCAGUGACAUAAUCACCCUUCAGGUGUUUGAGGGAAAACUGCUAUAUGUGUAUCUUGUAUUCCAUCUAUUUAUCCUUACAGCGUUUAUAUCAAGAACGCACCUUAUACUGUGUCAAAGAGCUAUUGUUGCACUCAUUCAUGCACAUUAACCUACCAUAUGCACAAAUAAUGAAUUUCUUAAUAAUCAAAGCACAUUUUAAGCCUUUAUCUGCAUUAUUUGUAACCUCCUAUGCCUCUGGUUUGUGUCGUAAGGCUUCGUGCUCCUUACUGAUAUAUUCUCCGUCUGUUAAUAGAGCUUCUGCAAUGUUAUUUAAUGCAUCUGCUGUAACGACAGAUUAUGUGGGUACCUUGCAUUUACAAACCGCUUUACAGAAAAUCGGAGUCAUUUCCAAAGCUAAAGUGCCGUUUAAACGUGUUAAAAUGUAUGGUUUUCGUGCACAAAUCAUGUGUUUUGAUUGAAGAAUAACCUUUAAAAAGGCUUCUGGGUGAUUUUUAAUGUACUGAAGGCAUUCUGUGUUGGAGUUUUACCGUUUUUCACUUACUGGAUGCGUAUUUAAUCUGCUUUGAACAUUCAGGUCAUCAAAAAGCAUGUCUUUUUUUUGUUUUUGUUUUUUUAGAAACUUACCAUUUGUUUACCUUUGAUGGUACCGGUGUGUUUUUUGUAUUGAAAUUUUGAAAGUGCAAUAAACCCCUU